AUGGGUUCCAAGAUGGCCUGGUCCAAGAGCACCCGCAUCAAGGUCAUGAUCGCUAUUGACACGGCCUUUUUCUUGCUCGAACUGAUCUGCGGUUUCCUCGCCCAUUCGCUGGCUUUGACUGCUGACGCUUUCCACAUGCUCAACGACAUCAUCUCCCUCAUCAUUGGAUUGUGGGCCGUUGUCGCAGCACAGAAGGCAACAACUGAUGAAUUCACCUUUGGAUGGGUCCGCGCCGAAAUCCUAGGUGCCUUCUUCAACGCCGUCUUCCUCAUCGCUCUUUGCGUCUCCAUCAUCCUCGAAGCUCUGACUCGAUUCGUGGAACCUCCCGAGAUUGACCAACCCAAACUCAUUCUCAUUGUUGGAUGUGCCGGCCUGGUCUCCAACCUGCUCGGUUUUGUCGUGCUUGGUGGCCACGGUCACUCCCACGGCGACGAAGAGGAUGGCCAUGACCACAGUCACGCCGUGGAUGAGGGUAGGCCCUCGGACAGCCUUCGCCGCAACGUCGCCGACGAGGACGGCGUAGUUGGUGACGUGCUCCCCGAAGUAAUUGCACGCCGGGCGACUCAAAGUUCCGAGACUGCCCGUCGCAUCCGCUUCGGAGACGACACUGCCGCUCGGGACGACUCAAACGGCCAAAAUCGCACGACCCCCCAAGCGAGGGGACGCGCCAGACGACGUUCUAGUAAGUCGGGACACUCUCGAUUUCAAAGCAUCGAGGACAUGAGUAUCCACCCUGCCAGCUUCCGCCAGGAUAUCAUCGCCGCCAGUCUUGCCGCCUCCUCCGGAGCUGGUAUUGUUGCUGGCAGCGACACGAGUGAAGAUUACCGCGUCGGCGACUCGGAAACCGACGCCAACGAAGAAUCCCCCCUGCUCGUCGGCGGCGGACAGGGGAACAACGGAACAAUCAGCCACUCCCACUCACACUCAGCAUCCCAAAAGCGACCCCGCCGAGACUCAAGUGUUCAUGAUGGCCACAACCACACGUUGCCGAGAAAGGCAGGCGCCAAGGCCAGUGGCCACAACCACGCCGAUAUGGGCAUGAAUGCCAUGAUGCUACAUGUUCUCGGUGAUGCGCUUGGUAAUGUUGGCGUCAUCAUCACCGCCCUCAUCAUCUGGCUGACCGACUGGCCCGGCAAACUGUAUUCCGAUCCCGCCGUGUCACUCGUCAUUACCGCCAUCAUUCUCAAGACUUCGAUCCCCCUGACUCGCGCCACCGCAAGAGUUCUACUGCAGGCCACCCCCGAAAACAUAAGCAUCCAGGAUAUUCGCCAGGACAUUGAGGGACUUCCUGGCGUUGUCAGCUGCCACCACAUCCACGUGUGGCAACUGUCAGACACAAAGGUCGUUGCCAGCAUGCACCUGCAAGUUGCCUUUCCCAUCAACGAGCACAGCGGCGAGAAAUACAUGCAGCUCGCCAAGAGAGCCAGGAAGUGCCUCCACGGCUACGGCAUCCACAGUGCCACUAUUCAGCCCGAAUUUUGUCUGGAUCAACAACACCGACACGCAGGAGAUGCCGCGGCUCUGCGAAUGGACGGCUGUUUAGACGGAACCGGCGAGAAUACCUGCCUGUUGAAUUGCAUCGAUGACUGCAGAGGGCAAGCUUGCUGUCCUGGCGGUGACGUUUCGUCCAAGGCAUCCUCAACUCGCCGCGGUAGCGACGCAUCGCCCCAUGGUGACGGGCAUCAACAUUGA